GGUUAUAUGUUUUGUACUUUCAAACGGUCCAGUUGGUGGCGGCAAUUCAACUUUUGGAUGUAGUCCGCCAUAAAACCCACAGAAGAAGAAGAAGAAGAAAGUGAAGAUGGCGGACUUGUUGGAGACCGGGCCGUCAGAUGAAAAAGAAACCGACAAUGAGGGCAAGAAGAAGGUGAAACGGCCAUGGGAUGACAUACCAAGGUCGGAGAAAAUCGGUAGAACUCCAGAUUUGGCGGAAACAUUGGGCUUUUACGAUAUAAAUGCUGUCAGACGGGAGCAACGUGAACGCGAUAACUCAGAUCCGUCGCUGGCACGCUUCCUGUGUGCUGAGCUGACCCGGGGCUACUUCCUGGAGCACAACGAAGCAAAAUACACGGAGCGCAGAGAGAGAGUGUACACAUGCAUGCGCAUUCCCAGAGAACUGGAAAAGCUGAUGAUCUUUGGCUUCUUCCUUUGUCUGGAUGCCUUCCUCUAUGUGUUCACUUUGCUGCCCCUGCGGGUGCUGCUGGCCCUGCUACACCUCUUCACCCUGCCCUGCUGCGGCCUCCGGGCAAACGUAUGCCCCUACUGCAAUCGGAGCAGUGGCUCGCUCCUGCUGCAGCCGGCCCAGGUGUGUGACAUCUUGAAGGGACUGAUAAUGGUGCUGUGCUACUCCAUGAUGCACUACGUGGACUACAGCAUGAUGUACCACCUGAUCCGGGGACAGUCCGUCAUCAAACUCUAUAUCAUCUACAACAUGCUGGAGGUAGCCGACAGGCUGUUCUCGUCGUUUGGCCAAGACAUCCUUGACGCGCUCUACUGGACGGCCACAGAGCCCAAAGAGAGGAAGAGAGACAGCAUAGGGCUCAUCCCCCAUUUCAUCAUGGCUGUGUUCUACGUCUUCCUGCAUGCCAUCCUCAUCAUGGUCCAGGCGUCAACGCUCAACGUGGCUUUCAACUCCCACAAUAAGUCCCUGCUGACCAUUAUGAUGUCCAACAACUUUGUGGAGAUCAAAGGAAGUGUGUUCAAGAAGUUUGAGAAGAACAACCUCUUUCAGAUGUCCAACAGUGAUAUCAAGGAACGUUUCACCAGCUAUGUGCUCCUGCUCAUCGUCUGCCUCAGGAACAUGGAGCAGUUCUCCUGGAACCCAGAUCAUCUCUGGGUGUUGUUACCUGACGUCUUCAUGGUGAUCGCCUCAGAGAUCGCCGUGGACAUCAUCAAACACGCCUUCAUCACCAAGUUCAACGAGAUCACGGCAGAUGUAUACAGUGAAUACAGAGCCAGCUUGGCCUUCGAUCUCGUCAGCAGUCGGCAGAAAAACGCCUGCACAGACUACAGUGACUCUGUAGCCAGAAGAAUGGGCUUCAUUCCUCUUCCUCUUGCAGUCCUGCUAAUCCGAGUGUUGAUGAGUUCAGUGAAUGUACAGGGAGCCCUGUCCUACUCCUGUGUGUUCCUCUUCUACUUGGGAAUGGUGACCCUGAAGGUGCUGAACAGUAUCGUGCUACUGGGGAAGUCGUGUGUGUACGUGAAGAGAGCCAACAUGGAGGACAAACUGUUUGAGAGGCCCUCCACAGCCGCCCCCGGGAAGACGUCCAGUAGAACCAGGAAAACAUCCAGAUGUACUGCCCCCUCAGGUGAUCCAUCAGGUGAACCGUGGUCCGAGCGGUCCCCAUCCACUCCUUCCUGCACCUCCGUCCCCCCAUCCUCCUCUGUCACCGCCCAGCCUACCCCCACUGCCAGCCCCACCCUGCGGCCAGAGACUGUACCCCCUUCCCCCUCCACUUCCACCACCCCAGCCAGCCCUCCCAGCCCCUCCACCAGCCCAGAGCCAGACCCGGACCCUGACCCCCUGACCCCCUCACCCCCUGACCCCCUGACCCCCCCUGAGCAGAAAGAGGAGGAAAGGAUGGAAGGCACAGAGCUCAAGCACAGGACCCCUAAAAAGGACCUGCUGGAUGUCGACCGCUUCACGAUAUGCGGGAACCGUAUCGAUUGACCCCCUCCCGAGCCAGGAAGUGAUAAUCACUCAGGAGAGGCGGUGAGCCAGACGCACGUCAGCACUUCGGCUCUCUUAGCCAAAGCCAGCGGAAGCAACAUGUAUUUAUUGAGCUAGACAUACAGUAAGUUAUUGAGAUACAGUAAGUUUUUGUGGACUCUGGGACUGGCUGUUUAAUGUAAGUCGACCUGUUGUUUUUUUGGGGCUCGACAAAGAGAACUAAGUUGGUUGGGCGACGGAAGAAUGCGAGAGGUAUUGUUGUUUCCAUGACAACCCAGUGUGCGCCUGUCUGUACAUGAAGUGUGCGAGCGAGCGUGUGUGUGUGCAUGGACACGAACGUGGAACAUGAGAAAUGGGGUCUCUUCUCAGAUAAGCAUCCAGCAAAAACGAACUGCAAAUGGGGUUUCUGGAUCAUUAUGGUUUACAGGAAAACAAUACCAUGUUAAAACGAUUAUCUGUCAAUGUUAUACCGUUUAUAUGGACAUAUUAGAUCAAAAUGACUGAAAAGGAUAAACUAUUUGCUUAUCAAAAAGCUUUACCCGAUUUAAUUAGAAAUUAGUGGUAUGAAAUAUCACGUUUGGUACGAGCUCCAUUUGGUAGUGUGAAGAACAUCUCCACAUAAGUGACUAUUUUUAGAGAGCUUUCUUUUACAGGUGUUUUAAUAUCAUUCAGUUUGAUUUAAAAGAGCCAAGGGUACCCUUCAUUUGAUGGUUCUAUGUUCGCCAUUACCACAAUUAUUGCUCAUAAUACAUAUUUGUUUUGUGGAAAGUUCAUAACAGCAUUUUAUGAUGACAAUAAUCCUUAUUUUGCUGUAUUCUGGGUUGUCAAACCUUUGGGGAUUUUUGUUAUGAAUGUUUGCACUGAUGUACCGUAUUGUCUUAAAUAUGCUACAUAUGACAGGUUUUCUAGCUAUUUCUCUUCAUUUCAUGGUCAUGCAAUGUUUUAAUGUUUACUUCCCCAGCAUUUCAGAAGCAAUAUAUCCAAAACAUAGUGCAUAUAUUUUUGCCCUUGCUUUUUUAAUUAUGUUAUUUUACCAUGCCUUGAGUGAAGUUGUUUGCUUUGAUUUGGCCUUUGUAUUUUAUUGCUAGAGUUAAUUAUAAGAUCACAUUAUUUUUGCUAUACCAAUGACCAAAAUGUAUAUUAGACCGGCAUGAUUCUGAUUUGGUACCCAUCUAUUAGAAUGUAAUAAGUGAAACAUAAUGUUUUAUUUUAGUUACCAUAUUGUAUCAUUUUAUACUAUAUUUAAACACCUGGCCAUAAUUUUAGAGUAGAAAUCAAUAAAUGAUGCAACGUGACACAGCACGUCAUUGGUCUUGCUGUUUAGGGUCUUUAGGCAACACUUUACAUGGUGUACAGUAUGUUAGCAUAUGUUAGCACAAGCCGUUACCACUGCUGUCUGUUUUCCAAGGAAAGACACAGAGGUGAGUGCUUACUGUAAGUGGUACGUACCAGGGUUGGGGUCAAUUCCGUUUUCAAUUCAGUUUGUUCAUGAUCUGGAUUGACUGAAUUGAAAACAUAAUUGACCCCAACCCUGGUAAGUAUUGCACAACUGUUACAGGAUAUUCAUGACGGCUAUGUUUCCACUGGUACAAUAGGUACUCUGGUAUAAGCACUAUGUAAUGUAAAUGGCUGCCAUUUUUUUCUCGCUGUUAUGAAAAUAUGUAAAGUGUAACAUACUCACGCAUAUCAGCAUUGAUCAGAUUUUGUUUGAAAAAAUUGCUGUUUUUAAUGUUCAUUACCAUUGUAAUAAGGAAGAUCUUUCUAUUUUUGGAGCUGCCAGAUCAAAUCAAACAAUUUUAUUUGUCACGUGCUGAAUACAACAGCUGUAGACUUUGAUUAGUAUUUUGCGCAUAGAACUUCCACAGAACCAUCUCCAUGGGGUUUUGUACUGUUCUGAUGCAAUGAUUAUAAAAACUGUUCACUUAAUCUCAUCUGUUUGGUUCAUAAGAACUUCACCAUGAUAUAAAAUGGCCCUCUUUUUGGGGUGAUGAUGAAUAAAAGUUAUUUUGUA